AUGUCCUUUAGUAACGGCAACAUGGCCUCUUACAUGACCAGUGGUAAUGAAGACGACCAAAAUAGAAACAGUAAUGACGAUAUAGGCAACAAUGACGCUUACAGACGUAAUAACAUCAGAAAUAAUAGCGAUUCAAAACCACACAAGUUCCAAUUAUCGGACUUGGACUUAGAUGUGGACAUGAGGAUGGAUUUCACUAAUUCAUCGGAGAAUACAUCAAAGAAUUUCUCUUCUGGUGUCCCGCAAUCAUUUGAACCCAAUGUAAACACUCUGUUGUCUCCGUCAAGCGGAACUUAUUCUGCAGAUCUGAACUAUCAAAGUCUAUACAAAUCGGAUCUUCCACUACAGCAGAUACAACAACAGCAGCAGCAACAACAGCAGCAACAACAACAGCAACAGCAACAGCAACAGCAACAGCAAAAGCAAACACCUACUUUGAAAGUCGAACAGUCUGGCCCAUUUCAAUGGGACGAUGUCUUGACGCCUGCUGAUCAUCAACAUCGGCCCUCACUCACAAAUCAGUUCUUAUCCCCAAGGUCAAACUACGAUACCACUAAUAGGAGCUCAGGUAAUGACUCAAAUUAUAGUGAUACGGAGUCAAACUACCAUACGCCUUAUUUGUAUCCACAGGACAUGGUUUCUUCACCUGCGGUGUCACAUUUGACCGCGAAUAAUGAUGAUUUCGAUGAUCUUUUGAGUGUUGCAUCCAUGAAUUCAAAUUAUUUACUGCCAGUGAACUCAUAUGGCUACAAACACAUUUCAAAUCUUGAUGAGUUAGAUGACUUACUGUCUUUAACAUAUUCAGAUAACACUCCUUUAUCAGCAUCAAACAUGAGCGACUUCAAUAACUGCAAUAACGCCGCCGCUAAUACCACUGAUACUCACAAUAGUACCAUUGAUGAUAAUAUGAGUAAACCUAGCGCUAAUCAAAAAAUGUUACUGACUAUACCAACGUCUUCUACGCCCUCUCCUUCCACUCACGCUGCUCCCGUAACACCCAUUAUUUCUAUCCAAGAAUUCAAUGAGGGUCAUUUUCCAGUUAAAAAUGAAGAUGAUGGGGCACUACAACUAAAUCUUCGGGAAAACGACAAUUGUCGUAGUACGAACAACAACAAUCUACUCCGUCCAGAGGAUAAUGAUUACAACAAUGAAGCUCUCAGCGAUAUCGAUCAUUCUUUCGAAGACAUUAUUAAUGGUAGAAAAAUGAAACUUAAGAAUUCAAGGAGAAGAUCUUCUCAGACCUCAAAUAAUAGCUUUAGUAGCAGAGGGUCUCCGAGAUCAAGGAGUAUUUCGCCUGAUGAGAAAGCAAAAUCUAUAAGCGCAAAUAGAGAAAAAUUAUUAGAAAUGGCAGAUCUUUUACCAGCCAGGGGAAAUGAUGAGGUUGAUCAAGAACAUCAUGUCAACGAUUACAACACUAGCUAUAGCAGUACUACCAACAGCGGUAAUAGUAAUGAGGAUGAUAGUAAAAACAAUUUCCCGACCAAUCAAGUGGACGUUGAAGCGGACGUUGCCAAUAUUAAAGAUGAGCUGGACAAUGCCAGCAAUGACCUCGGUGUGCUUUUAGAUAUAGGUAAAUUGAACCAGUUUGAAGCAAAGGUGAACUUUAGCAAUGAUGAUAACCACGAAAAUAACGAUAAUACUACAUUUUUUUCCAAAAAGAGUGAUAAUUUAGAGAAGUUGGACAAUUCGGCAAAUAAUAGGAAGAAUCCUGCAAACUUCGCUUGUGACGUUUGUGGUAAAAAGUUUACAAGACCCUAUAACUUAAAAUCUCAUUUAAGAACACAUACGAAUGAAAGACCAUUCAUCUGUUCUAUUUGUGGCAAGGCAUUUGCACGGCAACAUGACAGAAAAAGGCACGAAGAUUUGCAUACAGGGAAAAAAAGGUAUGUGUGCGGUGGUAAACUAAAGGACGGCAAACCCUGGGGUUGCGGCAAGAAAUUUGCAAGAAGUGAUGCCCUCGGUAGACACUUCAAAACUGAAAGUGGUAGAAGAUGUAUCACUCCAUUAUAUGAGGAAGCUAGACAGGAAAAAUCGAGACAAGAAAUGUAG